UUUCAGUUUAAACCUCAUACCAAUGUGUAUUUCCUGAUGAUUGAAAACAUAGCAAUAAUUUUAUUAUCGGUAAUAAAUUGUGGCGAAACUAAUGUAUCGUCGGUUUCGUGGGUUAAACUCAUUGAUAGGACGAGUGAUUGGAUUCAUAAGACAUCUCUUGUCUUAGAAAAGGAUAUCAUUGCCAUAAAUGUGUUGCAAAACAUAUCAAAUGCCUGUAACGACAGUAUAUGGCAAACAUUUAAUAGUGUAAAAAAUUUGGAUGUGUGGGCCGUCCAGAUGAUGAACUCUUGGGGCACAUUUCCACCACGAGGUGCACUCUUGGGAACAAAUACCGAUUUUGGCUCUUAUGACCAGUGCCUGGCCAUUGAGCCCAACACUGUUAUCAAUGAACCCCAAUAUUGUUUGAUUGAUAUAUCGCCGCCAAUACCCAAAUCUAUGCCAAUUCAUCACAAUCUUUAUCAUCAAAUCAAUAUCCAUAUGAAUAUAUCCCAAAAAUACGACAAUCAUAACGAGAAUGUAUUCAAAUCGUACUCAGAAUUUGCAUCAUUUCAUUACUGGAUUUCAUUUCGGACGGCUAUCUGUACGCCAUCUAAGUGUACGCCAAAUGAUGUCUCAUUACUGGCCAAUGGAUUCGCCGAUUAUUAUGGACUCGAGUUAAAGCAGAUCCGAUGCGAGACAAAGGAUACUUGUUUGCUAUCAAACGAAUCGUCCGAAAGGUUUGCCUGUAUUCACGGCUUAAGAGUGUUAACAUUGGUUUGGGUGGUGUUCUCGCACUCAACCGAAUGGACAAACUUUCAGCUCUUCAGCCGAUCCUUUAGAGUGAGAAAAAUGUUUACAACAAUUGAGAGUCAAUUAGUAUUGAACGGCGAAUACGCUGUCGAAAACUUUUUCUUCAUUGGAGGAAUGUUGACCAGUUUCAUAUCACUCAAAUACACGAGUGGCAAACUUUACCGCUUCAAUGCACUGGGCUUUCUGUUGGUCAGAUAUUUACGGCUCACACCACAGCUCUUUGUGUUCAUCGCCCUCGAAAGGUUUGCCUGUAUUCACGGCUUAAGAGUGUUAACAUUGGUUUGGGUGGUGUUCUCGCACUCAACCGAAUGGACAAACUUUCAGCUCUUCAGCCGAUCCUUUAGAGUGAGAAAAAUGUUUACAUCAAUUGAAAGCCAAUUAGUAUUGAACGGCGAAUACGCCGUCGAAAACUUUUUCUUCAUCGGAGGAAUGUUGACCAGUUUUAUAUCACUCAAAUACACGAGUGGCAAACUUUACCGCUUCAAUGCACUGGGCUUUCUGUUGGUCAGAUAUUUACGGCUCACACCACAGCUCUUUGUGUUCAUGUUAUUAACAUUUCUGAUGCCGUUGGGCGGGUGGGCGUCGGGCCCUCUCUGGCGGGAGACUAUAACCCCCAUCAUUGAUAAUUGCAGCACCAAUUGGUGGUGGAAUGUAUUUUAUAUCCAAAAUCUAUUCAAAGCGCCCCAAAUCUGUGCCAUUCACUCUUGGUUUCUGGCCUGUGAUAUGCAAUACCAUUGGUUCUCACUAUUGCUGGUCAUACCAGUGCUCUACCGCUUUAGAUUAGGUGUUGUGCUCGCAAUCGGCACAAUUGUCUUGUGUUAUGUUAUAUCAAUCAUUAUCGGCAACGCAUACGAUCUGCCCCCGGGUCUCAUCAACACCGGUCGGGAUCAGCACUUUCUCUGCUAUUACAUCGAUCUCUUUUACAUCAAGCCGUGGUCUCAUUCAACCGUAUUCUUCAUCGGAUUCCUCUUCGGUCUCAUCGCUUAUAAAAACAAAACCAAGAAAUUAGAUCAGAAAUACCGAUUCUGUAUAAUUGUGUCGGCAAUUAUUGGUUACAUCGCGUGUCUUAUGGAUACCUAUCACUGGAAUGAUGGCAAACCUCAUACCAGCCUAUUAUCAGCCCUAAUAUUUUCAACAUGUGCGCCCCAAAUCUGUGCCAUUCACUCUUGGUUUCUGGCCUGUGAUAUGCAAUACCAUUGGUUCUCACUAUUGCUGGUCAUACCAGUGCUCUACCGCUUUAGAUUAGGUGUUGUGCUCACAAUCGGCACAAUUGUCUUGUUUUAUAUCAUAUCAAUCAUUAUCGGCAACGCAUACGAUCUGCCCCCGGGUCUCAUCAACACCGGUCGGGAUCAGCACUUUCUCCUCUAUUACAUCGAUCUCUUCUACAUCAAGCCGUGGUCUCAUUCAACCGUAUUCUUCAUUGGAUUCCUCUUCGGUCUCAUCGCUUAUAAAAACAAAACCAAGAAAUUAGAUCAGAAAUACCGAUUCUGUAUAAUUGUGUCGGCAAUUAUUGGUUACAUCGCGUGUCUUAUGGAUACCUAUCACUGGAAUGAUGGCAAACCUCAUACCAGCCUAUUAUCAGCCCUAAUAUUUUCAACAUGUCGUGUGGUGUGGGCGCUGUCCACCGGAGCGCUGGUGUGGCUCUGUAUUAGCGGUAACGGAGGUUUCAUCGACCGGUGCCUCUCAGCCCCUAUACUUAUACCCCUUUCCCGACUCACGUAUUCCGUGUAUUUGACACACGUGUGGGUUAUUUGGGUUUUUGUGGGCACCAGACGGGAGAGGAUUGACGCAAAUGUAAUGGAAAUUAUGCUAAUAUUUAUUCACAAUUUAGUCAUCUCUUAUAUAAUCGGCUUUCUGUUCGCCCUAUUGUUUGAGAUGCCAGUCAUUAAACUUCAAAAGCGUUUAACAAAACGUUUUGUUAAAACGGUUGACAGACCCGAAGAGACCGAACUUGCAGUUAAGUUUUAA